AUGGCGAUGUCAGUGACGGUCCCCAGGCUGAAUGUCCUGAUACCCUACUCAAGUACCUACAGCACCCAUAGUCUAUUUGAUGAUGAGAAGGCAAGUAAGGCCACUCGGCCGUUUGACUCUCAUGUCUCCUAUUUGGUCUCUCAUCGUGCUGUUCUAUGCCUCGACAAGCACCCCACAUCUCCUUCUCUACAAGCAACAUGCCUCACAACAUUCUACUUCCUCUAUCGUGCUGCUCUAUCACGGCCCAUCCCAGGCAUUCCUUACAAAGCCCCCCAGUUCAACAGUGUUCUGGGAAGCUUCCCUGACCAACAGCAACAUGGAAAGCGCCGCGGCGGCCAGCUUCGAUACAUGGGACAUCUGAUGAACGAGCUCAACUUCCCCGUCAUGCAGUUUUUCGCCCGUCCUUGCGGCAGACCAUGGGCUCUUGUCGCCGACCUCCACGAAGCCCGGGAUGUUCUAACUCGCCGCACCCGGGAGUUCGAUCGCCGCAAGUUUUUCGGAGAUGUGACGCGAGCACUACUUCAUCUUCUUGCAGGGACGGUCGGACCUAUGGUAGAGAAGAUGGUACGAGAUUUGAUCGGCUUGUGGACCAAGAAGUCUCGAUUAGCGGAUGGGCGGCCGUUCAAUGGCAAGACCGACGUCUACGAGGAGGCCUUGGGAGUUGUCUGGACUGUGACAUUUGGAUCAGACUCCGCAUCGACGACGCAUCAGCCGUCUCUGCUCUCAAACCUCGACACCGUCGCUUUGCCGGCUGGCACGGACCAUCUUUCGACUUCCCAAGCGCGCGAUGGCAUCUAA